AUGCGCGCGCUGCUCUUAGAGCAGGAGGGCGCAUCGUUAGAGCUGCGCAAGCAGAUCGAGGAGCGCGACGCACAGCUCGCCACAGUGGAGACGCACCUGGAGGAGACGCACACGCAGGCCACCACGCUCACAGAGCAGCUUACAGCUGCGACACGCGCAGCGGCGGAACGCAAGGAGGAGCUUGAGCGGGAGCUACAGGCCUUACAGAGUGUGGUGGAGGAGCUGCGCACGGACAUGGCCACCACCGAGGAGGCGCUGCAGGAGACAUCCGCCAAGCUCGCUGACACCGAGGAAGCGCUGCAGGAGACGUCCGCCAAACUGGCGGUCACCGAGGAGACGCUGCAGGAGACGUCCGCCAAGCUGGCCGACACCGAGGAGACGCUGCAGGAGACAUCCGCCAAGCUGGCCGACACCGAGGAGACGCUGCAGGAGACAUCCGCCAAGCUGGCCGACACCGAGGAGACGCUGCAGGAGACAUCCGCCAAGCUGGCCGACACCGAGGAGACGCUGCAGGAGACAUCCGCCAAGCUGGCCGACACCGAGGAGACGCUGCAGGAGACAUCCGCCAAGCUGGCCGACACCGAGGAGACGCUGCAGGAGACAUCCGCCAAGCUGGCCGACACCGAGGAGACGCUGCAGGAGACAUCCGCCAAGCUGGCCGACACCGAGGAGACGCUGCAGGAGACAUCCGCCAAGCUGGCCGACACCGAGGAGACGCUGCAGGAGACAUCCGCCAAGCUGGCCGACACCGAGGAGACGCUGCAGGAGACAUCCGCCAAGCUGGCCGACACCGAGGAGACGCUGCAGGAGACGUCCGCCAAACUGGCCGACACCGAGGAGACGCUGCAGGAGACAUCCGCCAAGCUGGCCGACACCGAGGAAACACUGCAGGAGACAUCCGCCAAGCUGGCUGACACCGAGGAAACACUGCAGGAGACCACCGCCAAGCUGGCCGACACCGAGGACACGCUGCAGGAGACAUCCGCCAAGCUGGCCGACACCGAGGAGACGCUGCAGGAGACAUCCGCCAAACUGGCUGACACCGAGGAAACACUGCAGGAGACCUCCGCCAAGCUGGCCGACACCGAGGAGACGCUGCAGGAGACAUCCGCCAAGCUGGCCGACACCGAGGAGACGCUGCAGGAGACCACCGCCAAGCUGGCCGACACCGAGGAGACGCUGCAGGAGACAUCCGCCAAACUGGCCGACACCGAGGAGACGCUGCAGGAGACAUCCGCCAAACUGGCCGACACCGAGGAGACGCUGCAGGAGACAUCCGCCAAACUGGCUGUCACCGAGGAAACACUGCAGGAGACAUCCGGGAAGCUGGCCGACACCGAGGAGACGCUGCAGGAGACAUCCGCCAAGCUGGCUGUCACCGAGGAAACACUGCAGGAGACAUCCGCCAAGCUGGCUGUCACCGAGGAAACACUGCAGGAGACCACCGCCAAGCUGGCCGACACCGAGGACACGCUGCAGGAGACAUCCGCCAAGCUGGCCGACACCGAGGAGACGCUGCAGGAGACCACCGCCAAGCUGGCCGACACCGAGGACACGCUGCAGGAGACCUCCGCCAAGCUGGCCGACACCGAGGAGACGCUGCAGGAGACAUCCGCCAAGCUGGCCGACACCGAGGAGACGCUGCAGGAGACAUCCGCCAAGCUGGCCGACACCGAGGAGACACUCUCUUUGGAAGUGAUAUCCGUGAAAGAACAACUUCGUGCUGCUCAAGUGCUUAGCGAGCAGCAGUGUGUUUACCUUGACCACGUGAUGGCGUAUGUGGGUGCAUCGUACAGUGUUGCUCUGGAUGGGCUGACAGAACUGCAGUGGAUGGCUGUUGAGGAUAUGGUGAUGCAGACCGGCUCUGUUGUUCGCCGCGUGAGCCAAGCUGCACAUGACGAGGUGGAGCGCAUGAAGGAGAUGUGCAACAUUGCGGAUGACAACUAUAAAAUGACGGCAGAGCGAUUUGACAUCCUGCGCCGCAUUCUUGGCAAGAUCGACCAAGAUGUGAAGGAGGCGAGUGUGGAGAUCGACAGUCAGGAGCGGCGCCAGAGCGGCUCUUCUCGCGCGACGCCGCAUCGCUUGGGUGACGUGUCGAACCGCGAGAACAGCAUGGAGCGCAAGUCAUGCCCAAUGUCUCGGCUCUCGUCUAUGCAGCUGUAA